AUGAAGUUCUCUGCCGUCACCGGAGUCGUCUUCCUCCUGGCCUCCAUGGCCGCCGCCAUGCCUGGCGAGCCCGAUAACAGCGACCAGGACGCCGCAGCCAAGGUUGCUGAGCCCGUUAAGCAUUUGGCCGAGAGAUAUCCCGUCCUCGAGAAGCGCAAGAAGGGCAGCUCUGGUGGUGGUAGCCAUGGCGGAUCCCGCAACCACACCGAAAACGCCGCUACCUCCAUCGUCGUCAGCAACGCAGUCAUUGUCGCAGCUCUCGGUGCCACCAUCUUCGUCUAG